AAAAGCUGUAAAAAUUCAAAUUAAAAGGCCUUCCUUAACAUUUUUGUAAAUUGUUAAAAAUGCGUCUCAGCCCAUUGAACAUUUGGGAUCGUAACCUUUUGUUUUGGGCCACAAAUGGACACAUGAUUGCUUUUAUCAGCUUUCUUCUGCUGCUCAUUCAGUGAGCAGUAAUCAGGACAAGCAGGAAACCUGAUCUGCAAACUAGCAGUCCCCUCCCUGUUUCACCUCCUCCUCAUACCUGCAGUGCAGAAUAGAAAAACACAACCAGCAGCGCUUACAGCCGAGCGAAAGCUUGUGUUCGAAACGGAUCUCCUCCUCGACUCAACUGCCCGACUGUGGACUUUGUUGGUGUCUUUGAAACUGUGGUAAACUUUUAACUUCAUGCCUCGGAUGAGUUUUUUGGCAACAUGCGGACCCAGCUUGUUGCUUUGUGCUUGGCAGUCGUCGGCUUUCUUGGCACCAUCCUCAUCUGCGGUCUGCCAAUGUGGAAGGUGACGGCCUUCGUUGGGGCGAACAUCGUCACCUCUCAGGUCUUCUGGGAAGGCCUGUGGAUGAACUGUGUGAUCCAGAGCACGGGACACUCGCAGUGCAAAGCCUAUGACUCCGUUCUGGCUUUGCCGCAGGAGCUGCAGGCCUCCAGGGCUCUGAUCUGCGUCUCCAUCGGCGUCAGCGUGGUGGCCAUCGGGCUCACCGUGGUCGGGGCUCGCUGCACCAACUUCUUUCGCGACGACUGGCGGAACAAAGCCAACGUUGGCCUGUCCGGAGGAGUGGUGUUCAUAAUAGCGGGGCUCCUGUGCAUAAUACCCGUCAGCUUGUCAGCUCACAGCAUCAUCACAGGUUUCUACAACCCACUGGCCACCAGCGAGAGGAGGGGGGAGCUCGGGGCCUCCAUAUAUGUGGGCUGGGCAUCUGGAGCGCUGCUCGUCAUUGGAGGAGGGAUGUUGUGCAGCACCUACAGAUGCUGAGGAAGAGAAGAACGAAGUGCACGAUGCCAAUCGGUCAAAUACACACUGUAAAUUAAAAUGUUCAGUUAUGUCUUUGCUGUGAUGGACAUGGUUUGAUUCUUUACCAUUUUGUUCAACAUAUCAGUCUUAAAUCUAUGUAGAAUAUUAAACUGUGAAGCAUAUAAAGCAUAGUAUACAUGUUUUUUUCAAGUGAAGAAUUAGAAUAAAUGUCUUGUUGAGGUACAGUAAUAGUUAUGGUCAGUUUGUGUUUGCUAAGUUGUCCAGAUGUUCGGCAUGUUUUACAAAAGUUGGAUAAAAAAUAUACAUUUUUGUAUCUUUGUAUAUAUUUCUUGAACCGAAGCUUUUUCAUAUCCGCCACUGUUAAUAAAAGAAUAAAGUGAGACAAA